AUGUCUCUACCAGGCCUCGAGUUGACACAGCCGUCGGAGGAGCGACAGCAAAUUACUGCUCCUCCGUCGCAGAUUAACCUGAAUGCGCGCUGCGAGUGGCGCUUCGAGGUCGCAUUUGGGCAUAUCAUUAGGGUCAAGAUCUUGCAUGGAACCGCCGAGCUUUUCGGCACAGAGCUCGCCGAGUCGCAAACCUACACCUUCUCCGGCACAAAAGCCGCGAUCUUCACCUGGCACGGCUGUGCCCUUGAAGUCAGCGCCGGUGCAACAACGUCCACGACCUCUGAUGGCGUCACACCAACAAUGGGCCACGGGGCCGGCGGGUGCCAGAGCGAAUAUACCGCAGAAGAAACGCCCAUGAUGGAAUACGCCAAUGUCCACUUUGCGCUGGAGACAAUGCGAGAGGAGGCCCAGUCCAUUGGCAAAGACGGCCCGCGUGUUCUCCUCCUUGGCCCCGAAAACGCAGGCAAGACCAGUGUGGCAAAGAUCCUCACGGCGUACGCGACCAAGAUCGGUCGCCAGCCACUGGUGGUCAAUCUCGAUCCGACGGAGGGGAUGCUUGGUGUCCCUGGUACUCUCACUGCAACUGCAUUUCGCACAAUCCUCGAUGUUGAAGAUGGCUGGGGAAGUAGUCCUAUGUCUGGUCCCAGUCCUGUACCUGUGAAGCUCCCACUCGUGUACAGCUACCCGAUGCAAAACCCGCUCGAUGGCGAAGGUGCCGUCUACCGACCCAUAGUUUCACGCCUUGCUCUAUCUGUCACGGCACGGAUGGCUGAAGAUGAAGAUGCACGCGAAACAGGAAUCAUUGUCGACACACCUGGAGUCCUGGGCUCGGAUAAGCCUGGUAGCAUGGAGCUGAUCCACCAUAUCAUCACAGAGUUUGCCAUCGACACAAUCCUCGUUCUAGGCUCGGAGAGACUGUACAGCACUGUCGCCAAGCAGUAUGAUAACAAGCCCAGCUCCAGCGCGACAGCUGCUGCUUUUGACGAGCAUAUUACCGUUGUCAAGUUGACUAAAUCCGGUGGCUGUGCUGACCGUGACGCUGCCUUCCGUAAGGCUACGCGCGAGUCCCAGAUUCGUACCUAUUUCUUCGGCAACAAUAUUCCUUCCUCUACUUCUGCAUCGACAGCACUCUCUCUUUCUGCUUCUUCCUCGUCGGCUGUGACUCUCUCCCCACACGCACAACUUCUCGACUUCAACUCUCUCCCAGUGUACAAUUACACCGUGACCUCAGUCGACGAUGAGGAUGAAGACGACUAUGACCCCUCUCAGCUCUCAAUGGACUCCUUUCUCCCUGGCGGUGGUGCUGAGGAUUACCAAGAAACAAAGCAAGACCCUGACCGCGCUGCACCGCUACCAGGCGUCGUGGGCUCAUUCUCUGAACCUGUUGGUGGCCCGAAUGAUCUCAGCGCCGCCCAGAAUAGUGGCAGCAACGUUCCAUUGAAAAAGGUCCUACCACCUGCUCCCUCUGCUCUCGCCAAUACACUCCUUGCCAUCACCCAUGCUUCUACCACCGCAUCCCCUGCUGCAGUCCGCGACGCUAGCAUAAUGGGCUUUCUGUAUGUCGCCGAUGUCAACGCUGAAAAGGGAACUAUUCGAGUUCUUGCGCCUGUUGGCGGAAGAAUGCCCCCACGAGCUAUCAUUUGGGCGAAGCGUUGGCCGGGUGAGUUGGUUGGUUUAGUCGGUUAG